AUACUCAUGCAUCUGUCCGUCUUUUAACGAUGAAGUUAAUAGCAUGUCUAUUACUCAUGCCUUAAUCAUCAACCCUGGUGAUGUGGACCAGGCAAGAGUAGCCGAGCGCAGACACCAUCCCCAACCCCCCUAUGUGUAUAUUUUUUUUUAAUACUUUGUGAGGAAAAACUGUCAACCAUAUCCAAAGUGCAGGACCAAAGAGAAGUAAAUAAUGUAUGCUUUUGUUAGAUUCUUUGAAGACGAUAUGUGCUACGCGUUACCCGUUUCGAAUGUGGAAGAUUUCAGACCUCUGCAGAAAACAGAUUUUGAUAAUCAGAAGGUGUAUCUGGUUCACAGAACUGAAGAGAAUGGCAGCGCAGGCCAGCCGUGCGAAGCACAGAUCCUUGCCCUUGCAGAUACAGUAGAAGAAUUUGAAGACAGUAUAAUGCAAAAGAAGAUGAAAAUUCCCAAGAUGUCCAUCGAGAAUUCAGGAAACUCAAUUGAGAACAAUUUUGGAGAGGAGAGAAUGCCACUCAGGCAUAAAAAGGCCCUGUCUCAGGACCAUGGACGCCCCCUUUCCAACUCCUCCAAGAGCCUGGCAGCAGUAGUGGCUCGCCUGGAGAGAAAUGCAGCCAGCUCCUGUAUGGAGGGCGAAGAGGAUCUGGAUGAGGACCGGCUGGCUGAGGAGGGAGAGGAUGCAGAAGAUGAAGAUGAAGAUAUGGAGGCAGAGCAUCAGCAACAUCAUCACCAGCAGCAGCAGCAACAACAGCAUUUGGAAGUGGAUACGGAUUGUGUGUCUGAGGUAGCCGCAGCUGUGGUUCCUAGAGUCUUGUACGAGGAGCUGGUUCACAGCUACAGGCAACAGGAGGAGGAGAUGAGGAGGCUGCAGCAGGAGUUGGAGAGAACCCGCAGGCAGCUGGUACAGCAGGCCAAGAAGCUGAAGGAAUAUGGCAGUUUGCUGACAGAAGUCAAAGAACUGAGGGACUUCAACAGGAGGCUGCAAGAUGUACUUCUUAUGAGAUUAGGCAGCGAGCCUAUGCAUGAUAAUGGUACUCAGACAAUCAAAGCUGAAGUGGUUGAACCCAUUGUUGAUGCCCAGGAGACAUGCAGAGAAGAAGCCAACACCAGUUCCAGCUACUCACCCUCACCUCGAACAGUAUACACCUGCAAUGAUGGAAAGGUACACCUCGGUGGUGGAAUUUGGGUAGAGGAGGAGAAGUGGCACCAGCUGCAGCGAACCCAGGGAGACUCCAAGUUCACAAAGAAUCUAGCUGUAAUGAUCUGGGGUACAGAAACCCUCAAAAACCGUAGUGUCACAGGAGUGGCCACCAAAAAGAAGAAAGAUGCCCUACCCAAACCUCCACUGUCGCCCAGCAAGCUGAAAAUCGUCAGAGAGUGUCUCUACGACAGAGUGUCUCAAGAAACAGCCGACAGUGCAGAGAUUACACAGAGAUUAUCCAAAGUGAACAAAUACAUUUGUGAAAAGAUAAUGGACAUCAACAAGUCCAUCAAGAACGAGGAGCGUCGGGAGUCCAAGCUGCUCAUCAGACAGACAGUCAAGAUGGAGAACUUCACCUACGAUGGCAUGUAGUGAUCAACUGUUGUCACACCAGCGCCUUCUGCCCCCCUGUGGUCCGCAGGAUGUUUAGGGGACUUGAUAUGAGUGGUUGCGGGAAUUUUGUCACAGUUUCAGGAGCAGUUGUAUUCCUUUGACACAUUGGAUUGGUUAUUAUGUGAAAUGUUAAAACAAAUAGUACCCUUCCCAGCUCCCUACAGAACAACCAUCAGCUUCCUCAGUGCCCAGUUUCCUCAUUGGCUGACAGACAGCUUUACCCACCAGACAGAGGCUGACUUGAGCUCAAGUGAACUACUUUGAUAUGAGCUGGUAUGAGUGUUUUUAUAAGCUUUACAGUGGAAUUGGUACAGAGACAUGGUUUAUUGAGGUGUGUGCAUUUGUGUCAAAGGAGAGAUUAGAUGUGAUUGUUAAAUUAAUUUAUUGUUCUGUGUCAGAACAUAAUUUUGAGUCAUUAAACUUUUAAAAAGUAAGAGGUUAUUUCCCUAGACAAAGUCUUCUGAUGCUAUAAAGAUGAUGAUGCUAGCUUGCAUUAGAUCUUAGAUGUGUGGACUGUUGGAUGUUUCAGUGACUACCCAAUUACCGCCAUUUCUUGGUGUUUGCUGUUUGUACUUACUGCAUAGAAUGAGACAUCAGUGUCUCGAAUGCACAAGUCUUAAUUGGUACCAGCGAUAUUGCAUUUUGCAACAGAUUCUGUUGCUCCAUGAGAUUAACUAUGAGUGUGUGUUCCCCCUUAACUGUAGGUCAAUCACAACACAUUGUUUUAUUAAAAAGAGGGCUUACUGGGUUUAGUGGGUGGUAUGACUCUAAUGUAGAGUCUAUAGAGUGCUGUAUUUGUUAUGUUAUAUAUGUUCACCUUUUAGUUAUGAACCUUUGCCAUCACUGAGAGAUCACGAGGAAAGGUUUUGAUGGCAUAUUCGUUUGUUACUCUUAAUCUAACAUGUCACUUUCAGACAAUUUGACUGUUGAGUUGUAGUGGUACAGGCAUGUUAAUGCCUAGAAAGGCCUUAAAUGGAUUUGGCAAUCACCAGGGACUGGUGUGCCCCUGGGUUUUCUAGUAAGCUGUGAUUGUAAAUGUAUAGUAAGCUGAAGUGAUGAAGCUUCACCUGCACUUUGCUGUGAGAAUGUAAGAGGUGGCUUGGUACUAUUUUCUGUGUGAUUCACACCAUCAAAUUGAGCUGAGCCGGGCUACUUUAACCCCCUCCCCCUCCCCUUAAAAGAUGCUGGGCUGCACAGGACAACGUGGGGAAGAAAAUCAGGGCGCAGCUCUGCACGGUUCAGAUCAUCUUCAUGUUGAAGCAGUGUUAGCUGUGGGUAAAGCUGUCUGAAAAACUGUUGUGCUGUUGAAGUUGUCUGGGCCUGCUGAACCCUAUAAUAACCCCCUCUUUUUUAAGCCAUGCCACUGGGGAACAAAGUAAGGUCGCUCCAGUGACAGCUUCCUCUGAGCUAUGCCAUCAGAACUUUGAAAACUGUCCUCUUUGUCUUGUAUGUUUUUUUUAAUGUUUUUUUUCUCUGCGGUUGUUUUAUUGUUUUGAUCCAAAAUGGUUUGUGUGGCUGUCUGCAGGCUGGAACCUAAAUGCUGCAGAUUGAAAUCUCAACUGUGACCUAGCUGUGGCUAACUGUGAAUCUGCUGCAGAGCUGCCUAUCAAGCCUUUCUCCUCUCCACACUCUAGGUUCCUGUUUGUUGGUUGGUUUAUUUCUCUCUAUCAUUUUGUCUGUCUUGGUUUUUUGUUAUUUCAAAAGUUCAGAUCAGCCUUUUCAGCUAUCUUAUGUUUUGGAGAUAUUUUAGUGUACAUAAAACACAUCUUUUUAUUUUUUCCACCGAACAUGUAUAUUUCAGUUUCUAGUCAUGUUACAGUUUUAAAGGUUCUGGUCAAGUUUUGGUUUAAUUACUAAUUAAUGUUGUAAUUCCGUGUUACCUGAAAAUUUCUUGUUUCUUUUUACACUUCUGUAUUUUUGUUUGUUUCAUAAUAAUUGUUGGCUUUAAGCUUGAUAUUGUAGAUCAGUGAAAUCUACAAAUGAAAAAGAUUUCUCCCUUUCUUAGCCAAAGUGAUCUCUGUGGAACAAGAGAGACAAGACUUUUCCUUAAUAUAAUAUUUUGACAGAGCCCAUACAUCAAGCUACAUUCACAACGUGAUAUUUGAUAAGCCUCACUUAGAGUCUACCUUCUAAUUACUUGCCACAGUAAGAUGAAAAUCUGUAUUGUUGAACCAUUGUACUCCAGCAAUUGAGAAGCAGUAGUUAGAUCGACACAAAUCAUUUACAUUGAAUGCACUUUAAACUUCUGGGCAAUUUCUUCAAUCUUAAAGAAAUGUAUUUGUGGUAUUCGUCCUUUUUUAAAUGUCUAUAUAGAUUAAGGCCUAACAAUCAUUGUAUAUCAUGAAGCACCUUAGAACAUUUUGGUUUAUUGUUUUUUUUUGGUUUUUUUUUUCUUAGGGCAAGAAUUAGUUUGUUUUUGUUGGUCAGAUGUGCCCCUGACACAGCAAUGCUCCACAACAAGCUUGAUAGAUUUAAUACUUCGAAAAUGAAUAUUUGAAUCUUUGGAGAGUCAUUUGGAGUGCUUAGAAAACCAGAUUUCCACAAGUCAAUUUAUGUGGAAAGUGGAUUCUAUAUCUCCAUCAUGGCCUCAUGAACAAUAUAUGGCUUACUUCACAAACUGACAAACAAAAGUCAACAACUGUUCUGUCAACUUGCUUGUUUUUCAAGCCCAAAACAUGAUUCACCAAUCUAAAGAUAUUUACCUAUGAAAUGUGCAAGAUGACUGGAAUAUGUGCUUUAACUUGAUGCGUCAAGAUGCUGGUUAUGUAUAGAUAUGACUUAUAUAGAGAAAAUGUGUAUUUUUUUCAAAUGAGUGGUAAUUGUAAGCCAAAGUAUUGAAUGCUGAGAUCAAGGUAAAGAAGGGGGAUGAUGCUGACUAAUGAAUCAGCAGGUUUGCACAAAAAAUGGCCCAUGCAAAGGUAACAGAGCUUAGUGAAUCUUAAGCCACCAAAAAGGUGACUAAAAAAUGUCCCUUUUUUAGUGUCCUUUAGUUUUUUGUUUUAUUCUUCCCUGUACAAAGCAACAUGUGAGGUUUACGUGCGCUAGCAUGUAUUUAAAAUACAUGCGAUUUAAAAGAAAGAAAAGAUUUCUGCUGUGCAAAGCAACCUUGCUGAAAUUCUGACACAUUGUCGUGUGUUGUGUUUGUGUUUGUUUCUUUGUUGUUUGAUGCCAAAAGGGGGUGUGGUUUCAAAGGCUGGUUUCCUAGAGCGUGAUUAAGCCUAAUCCUUUAACUGAAACCAUCUUUAGUGGAUGAAAGCUGUAUGGAAGUACUGUUUUUAACCCAAAUUUGGCUUAAUCUGUGAUGGCAAAGCCAAUCUCUAUCAAAUGAACGAGUCACUUGCAGAGGAGCAGUUUGGGAUUUAGCAGCAUAAUAGUAACAUACACGAAUACAUAGCCUGGCAGAGCCAUUAAUGGAUACUGUAGGUUAGUUUGGGUCUGUUACAACACCAGACCUUCUAGUACUCUCACUGUCACACUCAAGUAGCGAUAGGGAGGAAAUGUAACUUCGCUCGCUCUGUGAUCCUCUUCUUGUGCCACCUCUAGGUCAUUACUUUCCUGACAUUUAUAUGGAUUGGAUUUAAAAAUGCACAUGUAUCAAGAUAAUAGCAAAUCCUGUCCUCCUUGCUUGGUGUUUUGACGUAUGUUGUGAAUACCCGUCAAAACUUCAGAAGUGAGGGAGCUUUAUGUUGCUUUUUGACAGUUUGAUUGGGAAAAAGAGAUCAGUUUCUAGCUUCACUUUGUGGAACAAGAUAAAUGGCUUCAUCUCACAGUUUUUGCAACUAAGUGUACACAAGAUACAUUACUAUUUGAGCCUCAGAUACAAUGUCAGACUUACUUCAAAAUGAGACAAAUGGGAGGAACACAUUGUUAGGCCUAUAUUUUUCUUAAGGUAUCAGUAACUUUGUAUACAAUCCACAAACCGGUUCUACUUCAUCUAACUUCACCGUCCUACCUCAUUGUUACUCUGGUGUUUGUUUGUCAGUGACUGUAAACUAUGUGUGUAUAUUAAAAAAAAUCUAUAGGAAAAGGUAUACCUGGUUACUCUCAAUAUGUAUAGCAUAUAAAACUUGUAAAACACCUCAGUACACAAAUAUCAUUCUUAGGAGAAAUCAGUUUUAUUACCUGCUUAAAGAUGCUGCUGUAAAGGGGUGUCUGCGUGAGGGGUCGUCUCUGAAUAUAUAUAUCUACGCUCUUUGCUAUGUUGUGCAGUUGAUCAGUGGUUGUGUUCUGUCUCUGUAUUGCAUUCUGAGAUUUUUACUGGUUGACGGUGCUACCAGCAAACAGUUCAAAAACUGAUCUAUUGGACCUCAAAUGGUGCUGUUUUUCUAUGUUUUUAUCCUCAUACAACUAUGUUUUAUUCAGGUGUGUCAACCGCCACUAUCCCCUCAGCUAAUCAAAUUUUAAGCCAAAAUAUUUCGCAAAACUGAUAACCCUGCUAUUACUGUAUCAACUAUAUGCUAUCCAUCCAAAUAUUGUAGAUAGUGAUUAUAUCCUCAGCUGUGAGUUUCAGAAGUACCUCAGAACUUGCUGAUUUCCAAUGGAUGCAUCUGCUUCUAGGACCUGUUGUCUACCAAUAUCACAUUGUUGCAGUGUAUUUUCAGAAAUAUGCAUUUUUAAUGGUUAGAUCAGGUUACACUAUAAAUAGUACAUGGAUAUUAGCCCACACUCAGAUGACCGUUUAAAUCUAAAGGAUACCACUGUUCACUGGUUGCAUGCCAGGUUGUCAUAAAGGAAAUCUCAGUUGGACUGUGUAGUGUAUGUUACAGUAGAAAAGGUCCUCGGCUUAAGAAAAAGAAAAAGAAAAGAAAAAUUUCUUUCUUAUUUUUCCUUUUUUUUUUUUUUUCUUUGUUCAGUCCAGUUUGUUUUACAGGAGACGGAUUCCAUUGGUAGUUCUAGUGUAUGGUGGGAAAACUGAAGUUUAUUUCAAGUAAUUUUGGGAAUAUACAAACUAGUGCCCCGUCUGGUUGAAAAUGAAAUUUGUCAAAAAUAUGGAAAUCAUUGAGAGUCCUCAGGGUACAUUCACAAAGACUGUUGGGGAGUUUCAGCCUGUCGGUUUCUGAAUGAUUAAUUUUAUCUAGUUACCAUUUUAAUCUGUGAUUCCCCGGUUAUAUCUCUUUGUCUCUCACUGUUGUUAAAAUAAUUUAAAUGUACUUUUCUGUGUUAAAAAUAUGAAUUUAUAUAUGAAUCUAGCAAUUUGUGCAUGAUUGACUUACUGUGAGCUAGAGUCAUAGAUACGGCACCAUACAAUGUCUAGACUUGGCUUAAUUAUACAAAAAAGUGCAUUAUACUUUCUUUUGCCCUGUGCAGUGAUACCAAUGGAAUCUUUUCUGCGCCAAAGUGUUUGCAGUAUGUUGAAUUUUUUUUUUUGGGGGGGGGGGGGGGGG